GCCCCCAUGAACCUCACGCGAAUAACUCGGUCAAAGAAUCUGGAUCGAGUGCAAAAGGUCUUGCCUUGUACAUGUUGUACGUCUGAGCAGAACUCUGGUCCAAAGAAUUAUUUCUGACUUUUUCCACAAUGCCAGGGAAGAAAGUCUAUGUUGUUGGGGUGGGCAUGACCAAGUUUGAAAAACCUGGUCACCGUGAAGAUUUUGAUUAUCCUGAUAUGGCAAAAGAAGCAGGUUAUAUAAAUGUUUUUGUUAUGAUGCUAUUGGGAUACCAGAUGAAGGUCAAUAAUAAUUGUGCUACAGGAUCAAGUGCACUGUAUUUGGCCAAGCAGAUGGUUGAAGGAGGUGUGUCAGACUGUAUUCUAGCUUUGGGGUUUGAGAAAAUGCAAAGAGGAUCUUUAAGUGGAAAGUAUGAUGAUCGCACUUCACCAAUGGAUAAACACAUGGAAGUUAUAAUCAACAGACACGGUCUGGCAGCAUAUGAUGAUCGCACUUCACCAAUGGAUAAACACAUGGAAGUUAUAAUCAACAGACACGGUCUGGCAGCAGCACCGGUAACACCACAGUUGUUUGGAAAUGCUGGUAAAGAACACAUGGAAAAAUAUGGGACCAAGGCAGACCAUUUUGCCAAAAUUGCAUACAAGAAUCACCUACAUUCUGUUGAAAACCCGUUAUCUCAGUUCAGGAAAAAGUACUCUUUAGAAGAAAUAAAAAACUCUCGCAUGAUAUUUGAUCCAUUGACUAUGCUGCAGUGCUGUCCCACAUCAGAUGGCAGUAUGUCACCCAGAGAUGUUCAAGUUAUUGAACUGCAUGACUGUUUCUCUACUAACGAGCUCCUGACAUAUGAAGGGCUUGGUCUUUGUGCUGAAGGAAAAGGAGGAGAAUUAGUCGACAGAGGAGACAAUACAUAUGGAGGCAAGUGGGUUGUAAACCCCAGUGGAGGGCUCAUUUCCAAGGGACACCCUCUAGGGGCAACAGGCUUGGCACAGUGUACUGAGCUGUGUCGUCAGCUGCGUGGUGAAUGUGGUAAGAGACAAGUACCAGGAGCUAAGGUUGCACUCCAACAUAACCUAGGACUGGGUGGUGCUGUAGUAGUGGGUUUAUAUCGAUUAGGAUUUCCCAAUCAGAGAAGGUAUCGUCCUGUACCUUCCUAUACCUCAGCCACAAGUAAAGAAGAUUUCAAGGCAGCAGCAAUAUUCGAUGAAAUGGAGAAGAUGUUGAAGGGGGAUGGCCCUGCACUGGUAAAGAAGAUCAAAGGAGUUUAUAGAUUCAACAUCAAAAAAGCUGAUGGGAAAGAAACAUGGUGGAUUGUAGACGCUAAGAAUGGUGACGGUGCUCUGAAAUACAGAGGGACAGACAAAGCUGACUGUACAGUAACCAUGAAAGAUGCUGAUUUUGUGAAGAUUAUGAGUGGAAAGAUGAACCCACAAACGGCUUUUUUUCAAGGCAAGAUCAAGAUCAAAGGAAACAUGGGUCUGGCCUUAAAAUUGAGAGAAAUUCAACCCAAGCCUGGAAAAUCUAAGUUGUAGAUACACUCAAGGAGCGUCCAGUUUUCAACCUCGUUCCCAGGAUCUCUCAUCUCUGCGCCCUACCGGAGUGGUUGGGCGAGAAAAUGAGAGACCCUGGGGACGAGAUUGGUUCAUUUUAUGUGUUCGACUUCUAGUUUUGACUUGGAAUUCAUGUCAAAGUUUCCAGUUAGUAUUUUUCUUUUAGCCGCAUCGCACUCCAGUUGGAUAUCUUAACGGGCACUCACUUUGCUGCGACGACGAGCUAAUGCUCGCAAAGUCAGCUACACUCACUCGCUAUGGCGGUUAACAUACCGUUAUCAACUUUGAAUUAAGAAGCUAAUAGUUUCACCAGCUCGCCGACGCACCCCAACAGUUUUUUUAUAAGUUCAGUAAUUGGCACUAAGGUUAAUUUGAGAAUAAUCGCGAGGUGAGACUCCCACAUAAAAAGCACGGGGGUAUUCUUCGUACAUUUUAGGGGUUAAAAAAGCGGUUUUGGUACAUCUUGGAGUGUUCAGCCGCAAAAGGUCCACAGCGGGAGCUUUUAGAUAGGUUACACUGUAUGAUCCCAGUGUUUACACUAUAUAUAUACUUUUAACCUUAUGUUAUAAUUUCUAUCUUUAAAGUGCGGAUUCUUCCAGAAGAUGUAAUAACAGUUAUUGAUUUCUACAAAAAUUGGACCAAAAAUAUUUAUCAGUAUCUUAAAACUUUUUAACUCUAACUUGAAAUUCGAACUCGAGCUCGACAUUCGAGUUGGAGCUCAUUAAAAUUAUACACUCGAAAAUUGUACAUUUUGAAUUCAUAACGGCUGAAAUAUGUAGUCUAAAGAAACAUUUUUCUCAGAUGAAGCUAGACGUAAAGUGAAUCGAAAGAUCGUUUUCAUAUUGACUGUAUACUCUAGGAGGUAAAAACACACGAUGACCGUAUAAUGCAAUGUGAGGCCUUGUUAGGGAUUUUAGCGACAAGGGAUAACUGGCAAAAUAAAUUUUAGGAUAAAGAAAAAGAGAAUUAGUUUUUGGGAAACAGGUUUUUGUAUUUUUGACACUGAACUCGAGGUGUAUGGAAAAAAAUUCCAACCUAGACACUUCCAGGGACAAUAAUGUUGACACUUUGGGACAACAUUGUAUAGACUGUUAAGGAUAACAAUGUUGAUACUUGUAGGGCUAAUAUUGUAGAGACUUUUAGGAACAAGGGUAGCACAGACGUGGUUGAAAGAAAGAUUAAGAUUUGCGGUUUAUUAUGGUGUUUUGUUACUAUAUAAUAUAAUGAGUUAAAUUUUCUAUCCCCAAAUGCCCACUUUCUUCUAGACAAUUCUACCUCGUUACUGUUGUUAAUUGUGUUCAUAUGACCGUAAGAUAAGUACAAUUUUGCGACUGCGGUAUACAACCCUUAUCAGUUUUAUUUGAUACAAGUACUCUAGAUAUGUAACUGAUAUAUACAAACGUCUUCAGUCUCUUUCUUCAAAAUAAAUAGUGUCCUUUAUCUUUGAUAAACAAAAUUAAAUUAUUAUUAACAUCUUA